CAAUAACAGUCUUUGGAUCCUUUAUUUCUCUCCCUAAAAGAACACCUUUUUUUGUUUGGGUUUCACUUUCUCUCUCUAAAACCCUUUCUUUAUCUCAGAACUUUCCUUUUCAUUGGGUUUUUUUUUCUCUGCAAACUUUCUUCUCUUUUUUUUUUUUUUGGGGGGGGGUUACUAGAGUGAGCUAACUUUAGAACCCAAAUGUCAAAAUUUGUUCCUUUUUUGUAUUUUUCAUGAAAAAUUGCUGCUCUUUUUUCAAUUCCAUAACAGCCAUUUCACCAUUAAAAGAUCUGUCCUUUUAGGGGGUAACAAUGAAGUCUUCAACUCGACUUGACUCAGUGGUGUUCCAACUCACACCAACUCGAACCAGGUGUGAUUUGGUUAUAUCUGCAAAUGGGAAGACUCAAAAAAUGGCUUCAGGUUUGCUUAAUCCAUUCCUUGCCCAUUUAAAGACUGCUCAAGAGCAGAUGGCCAAGGGGGGUUACUCAAUUAUCCUUCAACCAGACCCCACCAUUGAUGCAACUUGGUUCUCUAAAGGAACUGUGGAAAGGUUUGUUCGAUUUGUGAGUACUCCAGAGAUCUUGGAACGAGUGUAUUCUGUCGAAUCUGAAAUUUUGCAGAUUGAAGAGGCUAUUGCAAUUCAAAGCAAUAACAAUAUAGGAUCGAGUGCCGUAGAAGAAAAUCAAGUAAAACCUUUGGAAAGCUUAGAAGGUAGCAGGGCUACAUCUGAUUCCAGUGAUGAGAAAGCCAUCGUCCUUUACUCGCCUGGUCCACUACCACCUGAAGCGAAUGCAUCUUCUGUGGAGGGAAAUUCUAAAGCUCAACUUUUGAAAGUCCUGGAGACAAGGAAGACAGUGCUGCAGAAAGAGCAAAGUAUGGCCUUCGCACGUGCUGUAGCUGCUGGUUUUGACAUUGACAAUAUGGCACCUUUGAUGUCAUUUGCUGAAACUUUUGGAGCCUCUCGUUUGAGGGAUGCUUGUAUAAAAUUUACUGAAUUAUGGAAAAAGAAGCAUGAAACUGGCCAGUGGCUUGAGAUUGAAGCGGCUGAAGCGAUGUCCAGCCAAUCUGAUUUCGCUGCUAUGAGUGCAUCUGGCAUUGUGUUUUCAGAAAACAAUGGAAAGUCUGGUGUUGAAUCAAGUACAGAUGGGAAGGUUCCAAUGGAUCAGCAGACCCUGAGCCAUCAAGAGUAUUACCAAGCUCAGUAUCCGCACCCCAUGUUUCCUCCUUGGCCUAUCCAUUCUCCACCAGGUGGUAUGCCACCUUUUCAAGGAUAUCCUAUGCAAGGGAUGCCUUACUACCCGAAUUAUCCGGGUGGUAGCCCAUUCUUUCAGCAACCUUAUCCAUCAGCGGAGGAUCCGAGACUCAAUGCUGGUAAGCGAAUACAAAAGCGACAUUCAAUGGAGAGCAGAGAUAGCCAUAGUGGAUCAGAUACUUGGGAAACGGAGAGAGCAAAAUCUCAAGAAAACGAGGAGUUGGACAAUGAAACUUCAUUAAGUCCAAAACCGAGCAAGAAGAGUAGCAGGUCAGGGAAAAAGCAGUCAGGAAUGGUGGUCAUCAGGAACAUCAAUUAUAUCACUUCAAAAAGGGAAAAUUCUUCAGGUAGUGAGUCGCAGUCACAUUCUGAAUCUGAAGUGGAUAUGGAAGAUGGAAAUAUUGAGCAUAAGAACUCUCAGAGAUCCUCAAAGAGGAAAGGAAGUCGAACCAAAUCUGUUGAUGAAUAUGAUAGGGAAGAAACAGUUCAUGGGAAGGAGACAGAUGGUGGACACUGGCAAGCAUUUCAAAAUUAUUUACUUAGAGAUGCUGAAGACGAAGAACGUAGAACUGAUCAAGGCAUGUUUUCGACAGACAAGGAAUUUAAAGGAAAGAGAAGACCGAAUAGGGUGAAUGAAAGUGAAUAUCCCUUAGUUUCUGGAGGACGAGAAAUGGGUCAAUUCGAAGAAGGGAAUACAACCGACAUGCAUGAAAUUAGUGCAAGUGGCUCUCGCAUGCGUAUAGCAUCAAAUGAUCAGUCAUUGAUUAUUAGAAGAGGUGGUCACUCUGCUGAUGAUGGAAGGUUCUUCAUUGAUGGUGAAAUGGAUGGCAGGAGGGGUUAUCGAAGGAAUAUAAAUGAUGACUUCAUUGUAGAUAGACAACAGAAUCCGUCAGAUUUUACGAAUUCUCCAUCUGAUCCACAGACUUUUAAUCGGUUUGAAAAUUCACCCAACAUUUCAGAAAGAAGACCUUCAAAUAAUAUAAAUGAUGAUUCCUACAUAGUUUCAUUGAGGUCAACUUCAGCUACCCAAGCUGGAACUGAUGACCGAAGUGCUAUCAAUAUGGAUUCCGAUUUCUCGUUGUCACUUCAGAAAGCAGAAAAUAUAUCUAACAGGGCUGGAAGCCAGGUCAAUUAUGAACUGGAUGAUUUGAGUUUGAUACCUGAGCGUGGAGCAGAAAUGGGGUCAAUUGGUUACGAUCCUGCUUUGGAUUAUGAAAUGCAAGUUCAUGCUGAAAGUGGUACCAAGAAAAAUAAAGAUGUCAUGCAAGGGUCUAAAAAGUCAGAAAAGGACCGAAAAUCAAAGCUUACUUCCGAUCCUUCAGAUAAAAAGAAGACUAUAGGGCCAAUACGGAAAGGAAAGCCUUCAAAACCGAGUCCUUUGGAUGAAGCAAAAGUCCGAGCUGAGAGGCUAAGAACCUAUAAAGCUGAUCUUCAGAAACUAAAGAAGGAGAAGGAAGAGGAGGAGAUUAGGCGACUCGAAGCAUUGAAGAUGGAGAGACAAAAGAGAAUUGCUGCAAGAGGCAGUUCCGUUCCAGCUCAGUCAUCCGUGGCUUCACAAAGCAAGAAACAAUUGCCGUCAAAACUUUCUCCAAGUACUCAUAAGGGAUCAAAGUUUACUGAUGGUGAGCCUGGACCAUCAUCGCCGCUACAAAGAUCCAUCAAGCCUGCUUCUGUGGGAUCAGUUUAUUCUCAUAAAGCCUCCAAACCGAGUAAAUUGAAUGGUGGAACUCCGUCCCGUGGAAAUAGAUUAAGCCGCUCAGUUUCAUCAUUGCUGGAACCGAAGAAAGACAUUGGCGGUGUAACUCCUGAUACAAAGGCAUCUAUGGCAAGGAUUAGGAGGUUAUCAGAGCCAAAAACAAGUAGCAGUCCACUUGUUUCUUCAGUGAAGUCACGGCACUCUGAACCAAAGUCGAAAACAAAAGUAUCUGGAGUGCCUGAAAGCAAAAAAAUAUCAGCAAUUAUGAACCAUGAUAAAAGUAAGAUUGCUUCUCUUCCCGAGCUCAAAAUUAAAACAACUAAAGAUCCCAAUGUUACGGACAACAAAUCGGGAGGAAAUGGAAUGACUCAGAAGGUCAGUGGAAAUACUUCUUCGACCAUUGAUGUUGCUGAACCAAGUAGGAACACGGACAAAGGUUCACUUAAUAUUGAUGGGGACGACGGUACAGUAAUUGAGAAAACCGUUGUGAUGCUUGAAUCCAUUCCCACGGUAAAUUCAUCAGAAGCAACGACACUAGAACAGAAGGAGAGCAAUGGCAUCUUUAAAAUCGGGAGGGAAACUGAGAUGGUGUCAGAUUAUGCCGCCAUUCGUGCACCUGUUUCUUCAUCGAAUCUUGAUGCAGUUGAUAAAGAACAUCAGAUACAACCAAAACCGCAAGCUUAUGAGAUUCAAAAGGGAAAUGUAAGUAACACCGACAAGGAAUUGUCAAAAUUUACGAGCACAAGUGUUACUGAAAAAGAGUAUCAAGCCCCUUUAGCUCGGGUGUCUUCUUUGGAAGAUCCAUGUACUGAAAUUUCAGAGUAUGACAAAGCACCUCCGACAAGCAUGCAGGUUGCAACAACAGACUCGGAGAAUGUUAGAGCUCUUGUAGCUGACACGAAGAACUUGAAACUGGAAAAGAUUCCUGAAGUGUUGGAUAAAUCUCAAGUAAAGGAGUCAUCGAAAGGGUUUCGACGGUUAUUGAAGUUUGGAAAAAGGAAUCAUAGCUCAGCUAGAAGCGAACAUAGUAUUGACUCAAACAAUGAGGCUGAUGAGUUGGUUGCAAACGGUGCCUCAUCUAGUGAAGUUCAAUCGUUGAAGAACCUAAUCUCUCAGGAUGAAACCCCGACAGCCGAUAAUACUCCACAAAAGUCUUCUCGUACAUUUUCAUUGUUAUCACCGUUCCGAAGCAAGACAAGUGAAAAGAAGUAUAUGGCUUGACAAUGAAGGUGAAACCACGAACUUUGUUUUCUUCUGCGGAUUUGGCUGUCUUAACAUUUACAUUUUAUUUUUCAUUUAUUUUCCCUUAUUGCAACCUGAAAAAAAAGUAGGUACCAUUAAGAAUAUAUGCUUGUAAAAAAAUGUUCUGCAGUCGCAUUCAUUGGUUAAUGUUGUUGAACUGAAUUGGCUUUUUAGCAGACUCUUCCACUUUACAUGAUUAUAUAUAGCUUAUUUUUUCUA